GCUGAUUUUAACUAAUGUGGGCACCACCGGUACAUCCACACAAUGCCAAGCGCCCAGUGUGACUGAGACUGGGAUUGGACGGUCACAGUCGAUAAGAUAAGGUAAGGUGCGGUCCCUUGCACAAUGCCAAGUCGGCCCACCAUCUUUAACAACGCCGAUGCGACGCGCUCCGGCGUCGGCUACGCCAGCGACCGCAAUGGCCACGGAAACGUGACAUCUUUUGCCAUUCCCGACAUGGUGAAAGAGACGGAAAAGCGCAAAGAUGAUCCGAACCUGGCACUCUGGAGGCAAUUGACUACCCUCUGGCUCUGCCGGAGCGGUAUAGAUUGCAAGAACUACCGGCCCGGCAUCGAUGACCCUGAGAGGAUGUUUUGCUAUCACGUCUACGAUGACCACUACCGCCUUACGCCCGCAGACCUGGCCACUUGGGUGCCGGCCAUUCGACAGGGCCGCGCGGCGGUCGACAACCCUCCGCCCGUGGACCUAGCCACCGAACGUGCCCUGGCCGCGCCCGAAGAGUAUUGGCGCGAACGCGAUGAAGACGUCGGUCAGAUCGAUUUGAAUGUGAAUGUGAAUGUGAAUGGCGCGGCGGCGGUGAACUUCCAGGGCUCGAGAAACGGUCAUGUGAACAUCAACAUCCACAACUUCAGCAACAUCCCGAUGGUGCCGCCUCACUACCAAUAUCUCCCGGCCGACGCGCACAUAAUACACGCGCCUCCUUAUCCAAUGCUUCCUUAUCAUGGCAUGGACCCGCGGUCCCAACCGCCGCAGCCGCCGCCGACGACGAUAGCCCCAUCGUUACCAAACGCUGUAGCGCCGGCUGCCAUACAUUGGGUACCGCCGCAGUAG